UUAGAUAUUGAUGUUUUAGUUUGAAGGGCGCUGCGCCGGAAGUGUUAUUGUUGUUGCUGUUGGCGGAGCGGAACACUGCUCUCACGCCAUUUUGAGAUAUUGGCGUUGAACAGUUAGUUGCUCGAGGAUAAUGUGAUCGACCGCUGUGAAGCUAUGCCGAGCAUUUAGACGUUUUUUUAAAACUGCCAAAUCGUCAUUAGUUGAGCUUAUAUCCAACUGAUAUAGCAUUUCUAACCCAAAGUACUCUUCCAGUGAUGUCCACCGAGGGAACAGCCGACCAGGCUGCGGCAGAGUAUAUCCCGGAGAAGGUGAAGAAGGCAGAGAAGAAGUUGGAAGAAAACCCAUAUGACCUUGACGCAUGGAGCAUUCUGAUUCGAGAAGCACAGAACCAACCCAUAGAUAAAGCGAGGAAGACAUAUGAGCGACUUGUCGCACAGUUCCCAAGUUCUGGGAGAUUCUGGAAACUAUUCAUUGAAGCCGAGAUCAAGGCUAAAAACUAUGACAAGGUAGAAAAGUUGUUUCAGAGAUGCCUAAUGAAAGUCUUGCACAUCGACCUGUGGAAAUGCUACCUCUCAUAUGUUCGGGAGACCAAAGGGAAGCUGCCCAGCUACAAAGAAAAGAUGGCCCAGGCGUAUGACUUUGCCCUGGAUAAAAUCGGCAUGGAAAUAAUGUCUUAUCAGAUCUGGGUGGACUACAUCAAUUUCCUCAAAGGAGUUGAGGCUGUAGGCUCAUACGCAGAGAACCAGCGGAUCACAGCAGUACGGAGGGUCUACCAGAGAGGCUGCGUGAACCCCAUGAUCAAUAUCGAGCAGCUGUGGAGAGAUUAUAGCAAAUAUGAAGAAGGAAUAAAUGUACACUUGGCCAAAAAGAUGAUCGAGGAUAGAAGUAGAGACUACAUGAAUGCCAGGAGAGUGGCGAAGGAGUAUGAGACUGUGAUGAAGGGGCUGGACCGGAAUGCACCCUCAGUACCCCCCCAGAACUCCCCCCAGGAAGCCCAACAGGUAGAAAUGUGGAAGAAGUACAUCCAGUGGGAAAAAAGCAACCCACUGCGCACAGAAGACCAGACCCUCAUCACAAAGAGAGUGAUGUUUGCCUACGAGCAGUGCCUGCUGGUGCUGGGUCACCAUCCUGACAUAUGGUAUGAGGCGGCACAGUACCUAGAGCAGUCUAGCAAACUACUAGCAGAGAAAGGGGAUAUGAAUAAUUCCAAGUUGUUUAGCGACGAGGCAGCUAACAUCUACGAACGUGCCAUCGGGACGCUUCUGAAGAAGAACAUGCUGCUGUACUUUUCGUUUGCAGACUAUGAAGAAAGUCGCAUGAAGUACGAGAAGGUCCACAGCAUCUAUAACAAACUGCUGGCCAUUGAGGACAUUGACCCCACACUGGUCUACAUUCAGUACAUGAAGUUUGCCAGGAGGGCUGAGGGGAUUAAAUCAGGUCGCACUAUCUUCAAAAAGGCCAGAGAGGAUGUACGCACGCGUCACCAUGUGUACGUGACGGCAGCACUGAUGGAGUACUACUGCAGCAAGGAUAAAUCGGUGGCCUUCAAGAUUUUCGAGCUCGGUUUAAAGAAAUAUGGCGACAUUCCAGAGUAUAUACUGGCAUAUAUUGAUUACCUCUCACACCUUAAUGAGGACAACAACACCAGGGUUCUGUUUGAACGUGUCCUCACCUCAGGAAGCUUGUCUCCAGAAAAGUCUGGUGAGGUCUGGGCUCGGUUCCUGGCCUUUGAGAGCAACAUAGGGGACCUGGCCAGUAUUCUGAAGGUGGAGCGCAGGCGAUUCACUGCCUUCAAAGACGAGUACGAGGGCAAAGAAACAGCCUUGCUAGUAGAUAGAUACAAGUUUAUGGACCUGUAUCCCUGCUCUGCUAGUGAACUGAAGGCCCUUGGAUACAAGGAUGUGUCUCGUGCCAAACUGGCAGCAAUGCUCCCAGAGACUGUUGUGGCGCCGUCUGCGCCGUCACUAAAGGAUGAAGCCGACCGUAAACCUGAGUAUCCCAAACCUGACACCAAUCAGAUGAUCCCCUUCCAGCCACGUCACCUCGCCCCUCCAGGUUUACACCCGGUCCCUGGUGGAGUUUUCCCAGUCCCCCCAGCUGCUGUUGUCCUAAUGAAGCUGCUCCCUCCGCCUACGUGCUUCACUGGUCCCUUUGUUCAAGUGGAUGAGCUCAUGGAAAGUUUCAGGAGAUGCACACUUCCUGAGACUGUUGAUGCUGCUGUAGAGCUAAUCACUGGUAGACAGCCCGAUGCAGGAGGGGAGGGCAACGGAUCCAUGGAGAACCAUGCUGUUGCCAAGUCACUAAAGAGGCCAAAUGCAGAUUCUGACGAGGAGGACGACAAAGGAGCCGUGGCUCCGCCCAUACACGACAUCUACCGUGCACGCCAACAGAAGAGGAUUCGAUAAAGUAACACUGAACCCCACAAGAAUGUCAUAUGAACAGGUGGUCAUAUGGAGUAAACGUACAUGUCCCCAUUUCUAAGUGCGUCUGACAGAUUUUACAUCAGUGGUUCUCUGUACAGAAGACAAGUAUACAUGCGCACGCUCACACAUACAGACAAAUGUACAGUAUGCACCUGAGUGUUUCUGUGGCUUUUUUUGUUAACAGUUUUCAUUUUUAAAGACUGACCAUUAUACUGUACAAAAUUUUUAAUUCAACCAUUGUUUUUGAAACACAGCUCAGUUUUGGCCUUGUGAUGUUCCAGUGAUGGCAAAGUGGAUUUUUUUUAGAUAACUGGAGGAAACACAGUUCCUUUCAAUAAAAGUGAAAAUGAAUUUCAA